CUUGUUUUUGUUUUUACUGUCUAUCGAAAGACAAUUCAAUUUUUCAUCAUUAUUAUUCUUAAGAUAAGACAAGAACUGCUAAAACAAAAUAAUCCAAACUGGAGUUUUCAUCGAGUGAUCAUUCUUCGAACGAUUGUAGUAAUCAUCAAUCAUUAUCGUCAUCAAAAUUUGAUCAUAUGCAACAUGAUUUGAAUCGAAAUUUUCAUCAUUUAGAUAUUGAAAAAUCAUCAUUGGAUGAUGAAACGAAUUGCCAAAAAUUGACUGGAUCUCAUUAUCUUGCGGAUACUGCUGCAUUCAAAAUUACAGCUGAUGAUUUGACUGAUAGAAAUGUUAAUACACAACAAACAGGGUUCAUUUGUUCAACAUCAUUAUCGAUUUCUGAUGCUAAAAAAUUACCAUCAUCAUCAAUAACAACAACGACAGACAAUGUUUACAGUAAUAACGAUGUAAUCAAAUCAUCGAUUACGACAACAACAUCAUUGGAAGCCUUGAGCAAAAAUGAUGCUUCAUUAUCAUCGUUGUUGUUGAAAAAGAAUUCAUCUAGUCUAACUUGCCAUUCUCAUCACCAAGAAAAUAAUCAACAACAACAAUUCUCUACAACAACAAAGAAAACCGAUUCGAACAAUCAUCUGGUGGCUAAUGACGAAGUAGAAUUGAUUUCACUAUUAAAUUCAUCAUAUUCACAUUCAGUACCAAAAUAUAAGCUACGUAUUGACACAAUUACAGAAUUUCAAGGUUAUAGAAACAAUGAUUGGGCUGUUAUUGAGACGCCAUUGAUCGACCUGGAACAACCAUUAGAUGAAAAUUUUUUAUUACGACCGGCAUUUUUACGUGAAACAUUUAAAUUAUUUUUACAAUCGGGUGAGCGUCUGACACAAAUGACCAAGGUUUAUAAUGAUGUUGAAGUACUCACCAAACUUUUGGAAGAGAAAGAACGCGAUGUCGAAUUGGCCGCACGAAUCGGCCAAUCUUUAUUGGAUCAAAAUCAAAAUCAAUCAGAAAGAAUCGAUGAGCUGGAAAAAGAGUUAUCCCUUGCCAAGGAUAAGAUUACGCAAUUGAAACAUGAUGUGUCAUCCAAAAGUGAAUUAUUACGUUUUUACAUUACCAAAGAUGAAGAUGAAAUCGACGAUGAAAAUGAUUCUGAAAAUGAUAUGAAUUAUGCAUCAAUUUCCAGUCAACAUUCUAUUUCACAGAAAGAUACAUCACAAAUUUUGGAUCAACUUGAACGUCGUGUUAAUUCGCUGGAAGAGGAGAAUAGUCGUCUUAAAGUGGAAAAAGAAGCAAAAGUAUCCGAUUUGGAAGAUGAAGAACAAAAAGAAUUGCAAUUAAUAAAUGAAUGUGCUCGUCGGUUGAGUCAAACCAAUAAACAGAUAGCAUCAUUACAGGAAGAUAUUACGAAAAAGAAUGAUGAAAAUAAUCAUCUUACAAAGGAACUUCAAUUGCUUAAAAAACAGGUGCAACAAUUGGAGAAACAGAUACGAACGUUGACAUUGGAAAAAGAAGAACUAGUCGGUGCAUUGAAUCUAGCACAUGAAUGUCAAACAGAUUUGACAAUCGAAUUGAUCGAUGUAAAAGAGAAGCAUAAAAAUUUACUUACAGCUUUUCAUGAGAAACGGGAAGAAUGUCGACAAUUACGUGAACAACAAUUGCUAUCUGAUCCAAUAAUAUUCUCCUAUGUUGAUUCGUUGGCCUAUGAAUUAGAAAAUUCCUUUCAAUUUGAUGAAAAUACCUCAAAAAACGAACUCAAUCAUUCUCAUCAUCAACAUUCUUGUUCCGGAAAUUGUUUCACACCAGAUUCAUUAUUAUCAAAUGAUUCAUUUUAUUCCAGUUCGCCGUGUUCUUCUAUGAUUGCGAUGACGAGUUCAAUAACUGCUGUCACCACAAACACUACUCAACAGCAAUCAUCAUUGAAUGCUUCCAAUUGUUUGAUUUCAUCAACUUCAAAACAAUCAUCAUCCAUUUCGACAUUACCCUCAUCAUCCACUUCAUCGUCGCAAUCAGAGCCGUCGAAAACGACAAAAUCGGCAAAUCACCAAUUACAUCAUCAUCAUUAUCAUCGUAAUCUUUUUCUAACCGACAAACUUCGUUACAUAAAACCAUUAGAAGGUUCACAAAUCUUAAAUCAAUGGCGUCGAUUGGCCAAUCCAAAUCUAAAUGAUCUCUUCGGUGAUCAAGAUCGUUAUGUAUCGAGAAUAAAGGCAAAUCUUCAAGCGACUGCAGAAAUUAAUCGAAAAUGUGUUACAGCCUCACUGGAAACUUCAUCGUCAAACUCAUCUCCCACACAAACGAUAAUGGACAAUACAACGGCAAUGACAGAUGCUAGUGACCGGAUUAAAAGCAAUGAUAAUGUUGACAUUAUAAUUACUUCAUUAUAUUCAAACAAUUUUGUGACAACAAAUUCAGUGUUUACAUUCACAACAACAUCAAUAUCGCAUACAAAAGAUUCAAUGACCGAAGUAACGACUACAUUUAGUGAUGUACAGCCAUCCACAGGAAAGAAUGAAUUUUCAUUCGAUAAACAUUUUCUCACAUCAACGGACAAACAUCAUCCCUUAUUUUAUCAACAAUCCUCAUCGUUGCAAAUAAAUGAAAAUAUCUCUAGCAUUUGUCAUAAGAAUAAAAACCCACAAAAUUCAUUAAAUCAAUUACAUAAAAAAAUAUCUUUAGUCGAACAAGUAAAAAGUAUUAUGAAAGUCGAUCAAUUGUCCUCCGUGGAUCCCGGAUCAAAAUUGUUUUCCACUUCAAUAUCGUCAGAAAAAUUCAAGGAAAAUCUAACGAUGACGGAAACAAAUACGAAUAACGAGUAUUCUAGUAUGAUGAUUGAUCAAUCUAAGGCUAAUGUUGUUGAUACAAAAGUUGAUCGAAUAAGUGGUUUAAAUGAAUUUGUCAAAUUGUUUGCAUUAGAACCUAAAUCUUGUGUAAACAAUAAUAAAAAUCAAUCGGUCGCCAUCGGUGGUGGUCGAAUAAUUACGAAACUUCAAAUGGCUAACGAUUCGAUUACAUCUUUUCGUGGGCAAAAAUUUUCAUCAUCAAAAACGACAAGUGCUUCAAGAAUGUCGCAGGGUGAACAACAAACUUCAAAUCGAACCAAUCUAUCUGUGUUAAGAAAUCUCCGUAAAGGAGGAUUGAUAUAAAAUUUUUAAUCUCAAGCUUCUCAUCAAAAUUUAUUUCAUAAACCCAAUACAAAUUUUCUGUAGUGUUUGCUAGUCUUCUCAAUGCUUUUAUUUUGUAACUUGAAAUUGUUUCGUUUUUUUGUGAUAGAUUUACAAAA